UCUCUCUCUCUCGCCACCCUUGCUCUCUCCCUUCUCCUCUCCCGUCUCCUCUUCCCUGGACCGUAACACGGAGCCGUGGCGAGGGCCUGCGAGCGCCGUCUGCAGCAGAGGACGCACACUCGACAGCGGCGGGUGGGGGGGAGGAAUAGCGGCAUCCGGCGGACUGCCCUUCCCAUCGUCCACCUCCACCGCUCUCCUCCUCUCUGUCCUCUGCCCGCACCCCCCUCCCCCCCCCCCCCGCUCCUCCCUCACCCCCUUUUCCUCCUACUUACGCCUCACCGUAGCCUUCUCCAUCUCCACGCCUCCUCUCCUCCGACCGGCUGGUUGUUUCGUUCUCCGGAUGGCUCGCUCCAGGCCUCUCCGCUAGGCCCUAGCAGCAUGGGCGCAGCCUGGGCGGGGAGAGAGAGCACGGAUCGGACCCUUCCCCUCAGGACGGGCGUGCCGGCGGGUCACCCUCCCUCGGCUUCAGAUGGGCGAGGACACUGAGAGCCCCAAAAUCAACCACACCUUCCUGCGAGACUACGUCACUGAAGCUGAUGUCAUCUCUACGGUGGAGUUCAACCACACAGGGGACCUGCUGGCCACGGGGGAUAAAGGUGGCCGAGUGGUCAUCUUCCAGAGAGAGACUGAGUCCAAAGGGGAAUUGGAGGAGGUGGGGGAGACGGGGGACUCUGGGGAGUACAAUGUCUACAGCACAUUCCAGAGCCACGAGCCGGACUUUGACUACCUGAAGAGUCUGGAGAUUGAAGAGAAGAUCAACAAGAUCAGAUGGCUGCCACAGCAGAACGCGGCACAUUUCCUCCUCUCCACCAAUGAUAAGACCAUUAAAUUGUGGAAGGUGAGUGAGAGAGACAAGAGACCGGAGGGAUACAACCUGAAAGAUGAGGGGGGGCGGCUCAAGGACAACUCCACCAUCACCUCCCUGCAGGUCCCGGUGCUGAAACCCACAGAUUUGAUGGUAGAGGUUCGUCCCAGGCGAGUGUUCUCCAACGGGCACACCUACCACGUCAACUCCAUCUCAGUCAACAGCGACGGGGAGACCUACCUGUCUGCUGACGAUCUCCGCAUCAACAUGUGGCACCUGGGCAUCACCGACCGCAGCUUCAACAUUGUGGACAUCAAACCAGCCAACAUGGAGGAUCUGACGGAGGUGAUAACGGCGGCGGAGUUCCACCCUCACCACUGCCACCUGUUUGUGUACAGCAGCAGCAAGGGCACCCUGCGCCUGUGCGACAUGAGAGCCUCUGCACUCUGUGACCGGCACGCCAAACUGUUUGAGGAACCCGAGGAUCCAGGGAGCCGGUCCUUCUUCUCGGAGAUCAUUUCCUCGGUGUCCGAUGUCAAGUUCAGCCACAGUGGGCGAUACCUGCUGACCAGAGACUACCUCACCGCCAAGGUGUGGGACCUGAACAUGGACAAGGGUCCAGUGGAGACGUACCAGGUCCAUGAAUACCUGAGGAGUAAGCUGUGUUCCCUCUAUGAAAACGACUGCAUCUUUGACAAGUUUGAGUGUGUUUGGAACAGCUCGGACAGCGUGAUCAUGACGGGGGCUUACAACAGCUUCUUCCGGAUGUUCGACAGGGAGACGGGCCGAGGCGUGACCCUGGAGGCUUGGCGGGAGAGCAGCAAGCCCCGGGCGGUGCUGCGGACCCGGCGCGUGUACAACGGCGGUAAGCGGCGCCGAGGGGACGUGGGCGUCGACAGCCUUGACUUCACCAAAAAGAUCCUUCACAUGGCCUGGCACCCGUCUGAGAACAUCAUUGCCAUAGCGGCCACCAACAACCUGUACAUCUUCCAGGAUCGCAUCAACCCGGAAACACAGUUACAGUGACAAAGAAAGGAGGAGCGGCACAAGUUUAUAUCUCGGCGUCGCCGUGAGAAGAUUUAGUCGAGGCCCAACAUACCGACAUCCGUCUGCGCCGAUAAAAGAUUGGAUCAAAGAUAAAAAUGGCUGUUAAUAUAUUGAAACCCCCACGGAGGAUGUGUAAUCGUUUGCUUUGCUCGACACCGAGACGAACCGAUGCCUCCUGCUCCCACCAGGGUGCGCUCUUCGGUCCCGCCUUUUGAAGAUGACGUGAUCCACCGUAGAAGAGGUGCGGGGACACCUCUCCAGUGGCAAUGACUCGCACAUGUUGCACUCCUCACUGGUACCUUUUUGGCAUAAAAAUGAAAGAUAGGUGUUUGGUAGCAAAGGACAAAGCCUGAAAGGUCCAAAAGACUCAGACGCCAGAUGGUGCAUCUAAAUCUAAGAAGUCUUUUUUUUCACUAGUGGUUGAACUCUCCCACAGAGCAGUGCUCCUGGAGAUUUCUUCUUUAAUUGCCCCGUAAUCUCUGCCCUAUUUACUUUGCAAUAAUAGCACCAAUGAAAACAUGGUGGAGCAGUAUUCUUGCUUUAAAACACACACUCUUCUUCUACAGGUAGACACUGUUUUUACUAUUUGCUGUAAAUAUUCUGUAUUUUCUCUUUUAAAGUUUUUAUUUUGAAAGGCAGAAACCAAUUUUGGUUCCAGAGAGCUGAAGGGUUGUGAGAGGGGUGCAGUGCAUAUCAGAAAGAUGGCGUUAUAUUUCACCUGAAGAAUCGAUCGUAACAAACUGGGAUAGUUAUUGCCAGCUGUGGUGAGGGAGGGGGGAGUUUGGCACAAACUCUGUUGAUAUAUAUAAGUCAUAUCCUGGUCUGAACUCCACGUACUGUACUUAUGGGGUAAAUCAUUGAAAAUAAGAGGGACAGUGUGUUAAGGUCUCUCAUACGUUUAAAUUGCGGCUGAUUGGUGAUCAAGUCAAAUACAGAGAAAUGUCUCAUUUCUGUAAAGCAGCAGUGUUCAUCCUGCAAUGCAUGAGCACAUGUUAAAGAAAUACGUCACAACCAAGAGAUGCCAAGUACAAAAACGAGGCCCCUAAUCCAGCCGAUGGAGAGAGUCGAUGAGUGAGUUUGUGUCGGGUGUAUUUGAAGGUCAGAGGUUAUCAUCGGUGCAAAAGCUCAUCAUGUACAUUGCUGACAUGUUUUUAUCACUCAAACAAAUAGUGAGUUUAUCAUAUCACAGGUUGUAAUGUAAUUACACUUCAUACCUCACUGUGCCACAUGUACAGCAGCAGUAAGGUUAAUGUUUGUGUUGGGCUGAAUUCUGUGACUUGGUCGAGAUUUGAUUGUUUACAGUGAAGUGCUUUGUUUUCAAGUGGCCUUGGCCCCAAUGGGAGAAUCGUGUUUUGGAUGUGAAACUGGAGGAAGUGGAGUGACGGAGACCGUCGGGUGGAUCGACAUCAGUUUCACUGAGUAAACCUUAGAAGGGACAGAUCAGCUCCCCCUAAAAGAAAUGGCUGUUUUAUUUAGUUUUGGGGACAUCUUUGUAGAUCACUGCAAAAGAUAUCCCCCAAAGUAGUCAAAGCACUCGGAAACAUUCAAAUCUUCUCUCCAUUUGAAUGUGUCCACAUGGCACGAGGUGACCCAAAAUAAGUACACAGCGUUUUCUCUUUCUGGAAAUCAUUUUAUUGUAGAUUAACUAUGGCCAAAAAAAGAAAUAGUUCCUGGAUAAAACUGGUCACAACCAGAUCUGUAUAUUAUUUUUAGUAACUCGCUCGUGAUUUCUAAAAAUAAGUUUUCGAAGAGUCGAAUUCCAAAUAGCCGGUUACAUUGAUACAGAAAUCUCUGCAGACGAUACCUCCAAAAUUAAAAUUAUAAUUUGGAUGAAUAGCACUAGAAGUAAGAGGGGAUGAACUGUUCCUUUAAGUCCCCAAGAGCAGAAGACAGUUGUUAAAAUGUAUGUUCCACUCUCUCUCCUCACUUUUCAUCACGGUUCACAGACAUUUACGUUACAGCCGGUGGGCCGGUGUCUAUAUGUUGCUUUUUCACCGUUCACCAUUGUUGUUGAAUGCAGACAUAGUUGUUUUCCACAGUGUCCGGCCACGUGUUGCCAGGGCUUAGAGCUCCAAUGGCGAGCUCUAGUUUAUCGCAUCAUAACCGCCACCACAGGCCACCAGCGAGGCGAUUCAUGUUCAGCAGCACAGCAGCAUGUUGCCAUUAUUCAAUGCUACUAGCGUGUGUAUCUAUCAUACUUUAAAAAAAAAGACAAAUCUAACAAUAUAAAAAACAUAACUCAAAUGAGGUGAAUGAAAAGAAUGUGUAUUAAUAAAAUAAUCUGAUAAAUGAAA